CCGAGAAGUGUUUAAAUCUCGAAGACUCCCUCUGCAUCAUUAGUUUUGAUGAGCAAUCUAGCAGGGAACACCAUCUACCAAUGACGAAAGAAAUCACAGAAUCCGGUGAAUGGGCAGCUAAACUUCAAACUAAGAGAGUCACCGUUAAAGGAGGUUAUAGCGACCAGAUCAAGGAUAUGAUUCCACCAUCUAAGGUUUUUCUUGUUUACGUUAAUUACAAUGAAGGAAAUUUAAUCCUGGAACGCGAUAAUCAAGGGCUUAGAAGGAGGACUGUUAAAUAUCUUUUAGAAACAGGAGCCAUUGUUUUUAUCGUGUAUUGUCUCGAAAAGUCAUCAGAAAAUCUCCUGGAUGAGAUGUAUGCACAGAAACUUUCCAGCAUCAGCUAUGAUUCCAUGCUGAAGAAUUUCAGUGCAAAGAAGAGGAUACUUAGUAUUUACAAAAAGUACAGUCGACAUCAGCUUGUGGCCAUUUGCCAACAAAUCAAUAAUUUUAACAAGGAAAUAUUAGAGAAAGACUGA